AUGGAGUUUGUAGAUACAGAGCAAUUUCAAAGAUUAAGAGAUUUAAAACAAGUUGGUACAACAAAUUUUGUAUUUCCAUGUGCUAACCAUACAAGAUUUGAACAUAGUUUAGGUGUCAGUCAUUUGGCAGGUAAAUAUAUAGACAAAAUUAAAGCAACCCAACCAGAAUUAGAAAUUACAGAGGAUGAGCAAAAAUUUGUUAGAAUUGCAGGUUUAUGCCACGAUUUAGGUCAUGGCCCAUUUAGCCAUGCUUUUGAAUCCUGGGCCGAAUCUACUGGUAAGCAUUUUCACCAUGAAGAAAUGUCAAUUAAAAUGUUAGAUUGGAUUAUCGAGGAUCAAGGUUUAGAUUAUAGCACUGAUGAUAUUAAAUAUAUUUCAAGAUUAAUUAGAGGAAAAGAUAGACCAAAGGAAAGAGCGUUCAUUUAUGAUAUCGUAGCAAAUGACAGAAAUAGUGUCGAUGUUGAUAAAUUUGAUUAUAUAUCAAGAGAUUCAUACUUUUUAGGUAGAUCAGUUGUGUGUGAUUUCACUAGACUCAUGGAGUUUAGUAGAGUUAUUGAUGACGAAAUUUGCUUUUUAAGUAAAGAGAUUUAUAAUCUAUAUGAAUUAUUUCAUACAAGAUAUAGUUUACAUAAAUUGGUUUAUACUCACAAAGUUGGUAAAUCAAUCGAAUUUAUGAUUUCAGAUGCAUUUAGCGAAGCAGAUUCAUUUUUAAAGAUUUCAGACCAAUUGGAUGAUCCAAAAGAAUUUAUUAAUCUUAGUGAUUCAUUAUUAAAGCGUAUUGAAACUUCGAAAGAACCAGAAUUACAAAAGAGUAGAGCUAUUAUUAAGAAUAUUAGAAAUAGAAAUCUUUACAAAUUUGUUGAUGAAAUUAUUGUACACAGCCAACAAAUUAAAUGGGAUUCAGAUAAAUCAUUGGCCAAAGAGAUUUCUAACCAAGGUAAAGAUAUCUUGGAGAGUGACCUUAUUGUUCAAAAUUUAAAAUUAAACUAUGCAUUAAAGGAUAAAGAUCCAGUACAGUCAACCCAUUUCUACACUCGUUACGAUAACACAAAAAAAUUCAAUAUUAAAAAAGAUGAAGCCUCUCAACUUAUUCCAUCAAAAUUCCAAGAGGAAAGAAUUAGAAUUUUUUGCAAAAAUAAAGAUAAGUUUGAAGAAAUUCAAGCUGCUUUCAGAAAGGUGCUAGCAAAUUAUGAAAUAGAACCUAAUCCAAGCUUUACCGCCUCGCCAUAUAAAAAUAAAUCAAAUUAA